CUAAGCAGCCACAAUGUUUAAAUUCCUACAGUAAAUCCUAUGUUUGGUUUGGACUACUUUCUCUCACUGCUUGCUUUUUACUGCCCUCUUCCCUAUAUAAACCAGCUGGAUAUUGCCUCAUUAAUUUCAUCCAACCAUUAAUCUUUUCUUCAAUCUUCAUUUCCACCUCUCUUGCACUACUCAAAAUAAUGAUGAUGAUGAUGAGAACAGACGUCGAUACUCUCUGGCUCUUCGCUCUCUUUUCAAAAUGCGAAUCCCUCACUCACCUACACACCCUCAUCUUCCCAUUUCUCAUCCUUCUUUCAUUCCUAAUCCUCAACCUCAUCUUCUGGGCUCACCCCGGCGGCCCAGCUUGGGGCACCCGCAAAUGGAGAAACCCCACUUCUCCCCCUAUUCCUGGCCCAAACGGACUCCCAAUCAUUGGAAGCAUCAACCUCAUGACCGGCUUAGCCCACCACAAAUUAGCCGCCGCAGCUCAAUCCUGCCAAGCCAAACGACUCAUGGCUUUCAGCCUUGGCCACACGCCUGCCCUCGUCACCUGCAACCCUGACGUUGCUAGAGAAAUUUUAAACAGCUCAACCUUCGCAGAUCGUCCCGCCAAAGAAUCCGCUUACCACUUGAUGUUCAACAGGUCCAUCGGUUUCGCGCCCUACGGCGUGUAUUGGACCUCGCUCCGGAAAAUUGCAGCCGCACAUCUCUUCUGCCCGAAACAAGUGAAAGCUUCGGAGCAGCAGCGACUGGAAAUAGCAAAUCAGGUUGUGGCCGUACUUGCUUCAAACAAACGCAGUGAUAUUCGAGUUAGGGAGGUGCUGAAACUCGCUUCACUUAAUAACAUGAUGUGCUCUGUAUUUGGACGGAAAUACGACGUCAGCUCCGUCAACUCGGAGACGGAGGAGUUGAAGGAUUUGGUUGAUCAGGGAUACGAUUUAUUGGGAGAACUGAACUGGUCCGAUCACCUUUCCUUCUUAGCUGAUUUCGACAUACAAAAAAUCCGGUUGAGGUGCUCCCGGAUUGUCCCACGGGUGAACCGGCUUGUUGGACAGAUAAUCGCAGACCACAAAGCGCAAACCGUCGGCGCCGAGAUGAACCGAGAUUUUGUGGAUGUUCUGUUGUCUCUUCAGGGGGCUGAUAGACUGUCGGAUUCAGACAUGAUCGCCGUUCUUUGGGAAAUGAUAUUUAGGGGGACAGACACGGUGGCAGUUUUAAUCGAGUGGAUAUUGGCAAGAUUAGUGUUGCACCCUGAUGUUCAGUCGAAGGUCCAUAACGAGCUGGACAAGGUUGUCGGGAGGUCACGUGCGGUGACGGAGGCUGAUCUGACGGAACUAGUCUACUUAAAGGCGAUGGUCAAGGAAGUGCUGAGGUUGCAUCCCCCGGGGCCUCUUCUUUCAUGGUCCCGCUUGUCAAUAAGGGAUUCCGUUGUGGAUGGGUAUGAGGUGCCCGCAGGAACCACUGCGAUGGUAAAUAUGUGGGCUAUCAUGAGGGACCCACAAAUUUGGGAGGACCCAUUAAGGUUUAACCCCAACAGAUUUAUGGGGCAGAGCCCAAAUAUGGAAUUCUCGAUUUUAGGGUCGGAUAUGAGGAUUGCACCCUUUGGAUCAGGUCGGAGGUCUUGCCCUGGUAAAACAUUGGGCAUGACCACGAUUAACUUUUGGGUGGCGACUCUUUUGCAUGAAUUUCAGUUUGUGUCUUGCAGUCAAAGUGUGGAUUUAUCUGAGGUGCUGAGGCUCUCUUGUGAGAUGGCUAAUCCACUCGUGGUCAGGGUUCGACCAAGGCACUGUCUCUUGGCUUCUAAAUGUUAGCAUAUCGUUAUUAUUAUAAUAUAUUAUAUAUUAUAAAAACCAAAAAUUCAAAAAGUUAUAAGUAAAAAGGCAAAAAGGAUCAUUUCACAAGAAUUUGAAGACCUUGCCAUCAUGUGUACGCACUGUAAAAUAUAUAUAUAUAUAUAUAUGUACCAGCCUCGUCGUCCUGUAUGUGAAUCCGUAAUUGUAACUUUUCUUGUUUGUAACAAUUUACAGGAUCUCUCAUUUUAGUUGACUGUGUAAAUAUAAUGUGAAAGCAAUGCAAGUUUCAGUUAA